AUGACUGAGUCGUUUAGCUGCUGUUGCAUAUAUUUGCUCGCUCGUUCACUGGAUAAUGUCGGUGGUUUUGUCUUCCAGGGAGAAGCAGUCAAGAAGUCGUUCACGGUCGAUGAGUAUGUGCUUCCUAAGUUUGAGGUGACUGUGGACGUUCCAACGUACUACUAUGGUACAAAGAUCAUGGCAACAGGAAAAGUCGGUGCAAAGUACACCUAUGGUAAGUCGGUGGCUGGCACUGCUGUGGUGGCCCUGACCGUGCCGAGUGGGUAUCAACAGCAGGAGAAAAAGUACGAGCAGACCGUGGAGCUCGGUGCAAAUGGCAAGGCAGACUUCAGCUUUGAACUGGAGCUGGGAGAGCAGCGUCUCUGGCAGCCGCUAUCCUUCGAAGCCACUGUGACCGAAGCUCUAACAGGUAUCUCGCUCAAGGGAGCUGCGUCGGCGCCCGUCUAUCAGCACGACGUGAAACUGGAGUGGGAGGGGUCGCAAUACUUCAAGCCUGGACUCAAGUACUCAGCAUACGCGAGGCACUCGGAGGCAGAGAAUAGUGGAUUCUUCACAGCGCAGGCGUUCACCGCUCAGUCAGAAACCUUCCUGCAGCUGACGCUAGACAAGGAGAAGGUGGAGGUUGGAUCACCGCUGCCGCUGGUCGUCACCGUUAACUCUACCGUGCCCAUCGAUCAACUCACUUAUCAGGUUGUGUGUAAGGGCAACGUGGUGCUUGCGUCGGCCCUCAUCAUGGGUGGACUCACUACGAGCACGCUCACACUCGCCGUCACAACACAGAUGGCGCCGGAGUCACGACUCUUCGCCUACUACGUCCACGAGGGGGAGCUGAUCGCUGACGGAGUCAUGUUCAGCGUCGACGGCGCGUUCCAGAACCAGGUGGAGGUGGAGUUUAGUCAGACGCAGGCGUUGCCGGGCAAGCAGGUGGAAGUGCAGGUCUACACUAACCCAGACUCAUUCAUCGGUCUGCUGGCCGUGGACCAGAGCGUACAGCUACUCAAGUCUGGCAACGACAUCACGCAGGAGGAGGUGGUGGAGGAGCUGUCUACGUACGGUGGCGGCGGCGGUGCAGGGGGUCGCCCCGUGCCGCUGCUGCGCGGCGGACGCGUGGUCCGACGCAAGCGAUCCUUCUUGCCCUGGUACUUCAACUCUGGGUCGGCUAGCUCCGUGAUCCGGGACGCGGGAUUGCUCGUGCUCACCGACGCCCUCAUCUACAAGGACUCGCCCGACUACUACGACUGUCCGAACUGUGAGAUGGAGAUGUUUGCGGUGGCGCGCGCCGACGGUGGCGCCCCUCGACGCAACGUGAAGAUGAAGUCGGCGGUGGCGGACGACGGUGGCGCCACCACGGUAGAGACGGAGGAGGGUGCCCACGUUAGAAAACUGUUCCCAGAGACGUGGCUGUGGGUCAACGCGUCGACGCCGAGCGACAGCGGCACGACGACGGUGAUGGCGACCGUGCCGGACACGAUCACGUCGUGGCUCGCUAGCGCCAUCUCUAUGAACGAAAAGCACGGCCUCGGCAUCACGGAACACACGACAACGCUGACGGCAUUCCAGCCGUUCUUCGUCUCGCUGACGCUUCCAUACUCGGUCCUGCGAGGAGAGGUGCUUGUUCUGCAGGCAACCGUCUUCAACUACAUGAAUGCAGACACUCAGGUCGAGGUAACGCUGGAUCAUAGCGACGACUUUGAGAAUGUUCCGGAGGAGGCUGAAUCGGAUGCUGACGCGGCUCAGGUGAAGAGGGGACAGGUGAGCCUGGGCGCCCCGCGUUUCACAUACACCUCGCAGCAAGACCCGAACAUGCCCAUUGUAUUCGAGCAUCUGAUGCCGCAAACCAGGCAGCACAUCAGCAGCAGCAGCACAGCACUCCAACCUCAGUCGCCAGUGUGGCGCUACCCCCAACCCCGGCCAGAGCGGCCACAGGAGACUCCUCGCUCAACAUCAGCUCCCUACUUAAACAACAUGGGCGCCUCCCCAUACUCGCCGGAUAACCCGCUGGAUAAAGAGAGGGACAUAGAUUAG